CGAAUGUAAAUUGAAUCUGGGGGUUUCCAUCUAGCGUGCAUUGCGCAGCAAGAGGACCAACAAACAACAGCGAUCCGGACCAGGACAGAACCGGGCUCGGAUCGGAGCUGGAAUAAAACCACAGGGUUUUUAUGAGCUGAGAUUCUUGGUUGGAGUGAUGAAUCGACGGCUUGCACAUAUUUUGGGGUUUUCUGUUUCUACAAAUGAGUCGGACCCCCGGACACGGCGUCCCUCCGGACUCAGUGUUAGAGCUUCCUGCGGCCAUUCGAUCGACUCUCUGCGGCUGAAGCGGUUGGUCAUUGCGCUGCUGGGCACGGGGGUUCAGGAUUUCUCCUGUCCGCAAUGUUUCCAGACCUGGUCCUGGCAGGAAGUGAAUCGACUCGCUGCCUUCACAGAACAGGAACGCAAAUCCUGCGAGGAGAUGAUCUCCAGACUGAACUCCCCAGACCCCCUCCAGACACACAGAAAGUGUCCAUGCUGCAGCCUCCUGCUCCCCAGACCGGGCUCCGGUAUCCGGGGCGUUCCCUGCAAGGCUUGCUCCGUCGCCAAGCGGAAGGUUUUCCGGUUCUGCUGGGACUGCCAGCAGGAAUGGAGAGCUCCUUCUUCCGGGGAACUCGACGACUGUGGGAAUGAGGAUUGUGCCACCCGAGCCUGCCUGCUCUCCUGCCCUGCCAUCAAACUCCCAGGCUCUAAGCUGGACGGCUGCCCCUGCUUCAGGGCGUGCCCACGAUGCCACACCCUCAUCUCGCACACCCUGCGCGGCUGCAGCCAGGUCCAGUGCCCGCAGUGUGCCCACGCGUUCUGCUAUCGGUGUCUGAGAGGGAUACAGGAGGGGUGCUUGCUACCCCAGCUUCAGCCUCUGGGGGGCAGUGUGGGCAACCCCGAUAUCGGUAUUCUGAUGAUGGGUUAUAGGGGCUAUAACAGGUGUGUCAUUGCUGAGAGGCAGGGUGUCACCGAGGCUAAUCAAGUGCAUAUGUGAAAAAUACUCCACACUGCAGAGCUCUAUAGAGGUCUAUAGCAAAGAGAGCUCCACUCUCAACACUGCAGAGCUGUAUAGAGGUCUAUAGGAAAGAGAGCUCCCCUCUCAACACUGCAGAGCUGUAUAGAGGUCUAUAGGAAAGAGAGCUCCCCUCUCAACACUGCAGAGCUGUAUAGAGGUCUAUAGGAAAGAGAGCUCCCCUCUCAACACUGCAGAGCUCUAUAGAGGUCUAUAGGAAAGAGAGCUCCCCUCAACACUGUAGAGCUGUAUAGAGGUCUAUAGGAAAGAGAGCUCCCCUCUCAACACUGCAGAGCUGUAUAGAGGUCUAUAGUAAAUACAUCCAAUAUAAUAAUCAUCAUUUCUAUUUGUGUAUACUAGGCAGAAGAGCUUGAAUUAUUAUGUAGCCAAGCACGCAAGUAAAACUAUCUUACCAUCUUCUCAAAAGUUGUGUUCCAUGCUUCUGGCUAUUGAACUUAACAUUGUAUCUGAUUGUAAGGGAUGGAUGGAUAUUCUGAUUAAAUAAAUGAAGACAUAUUUCAGAA